UGCAAUUUCAGGAGCAUUAUCGAUACCUUCGACCACGUGUUUUCCAAACGUGCCAUGCGAUGGGAUUUGAACUUUAUUUAUCCAGGUCUGGAAAUGAGAGUGAUGCCUUCAACUGGUCCAAGCGGUGUUUUGGAAUUCGUCAUGGAUCCAAAUCACGAAUCCGCUAAAGCUUACAUUGGACAGGAUAUAGGAACUGGUAAAAUUCUGGCUCGCCAAUUUCUGGUUCCACUACUCUUGGGAUUGAAGUUCAAUGUAGCCACCAUCGUACCACUAAUUUUUGGACUUGUGGUUUUAAUGGCAAAAAAAAUCGCUUUUAUUAGUAAAGUAGCACUGAUUGCGAGCACUGCCUUUGGGCUUGGAUCCCUUCUUUUUAAAGCUGGAUCUGCCGGUCCUUCUCCAGGAUAUUACUCGAAUGACCACAGCUACUAUGCUGGUCAUCAGCCUGGAAGCUUUGGAGGAAUUUAUAAAGGACACAGCGAAGAAUUUGUGCCGCAAGAACAUUUACAGUAUAGAGGCGUUCAUGUUCCAAUGGACGAAUUGAAAUUAUAUGGGAACUUACAAAGCCCAUUUGGGGAAAAGUCCGGCGAAGAAUCUCCGCAGAAGAAGGGCAGGAACUUCGCAUGGAAUGAAGAUGAUAAGCUAAUGAAGAAAACCAGAUAACCUUCUCUGGUACUGUGUAAAUAUUAUUUAUUUCUCCCGUAUGACUUCAUAGAUUGUUCAGCACCAUCUGCAACCGUACUGAAAUCAGAUCAAGUUAACUACGCUGUUAGAACAAAUUGCAAUUAUUGGGAAAUAUCCAAGAUGCAGGCAAUUAAAUCUGUAGUUAAUAUUUCAAGAUCCAUUAUUAUAUCUUCUACAUCUAGAAUUAAUAUAUUUCUUAAGAAGACCUGAAUAGGAACUAACGCUUCAUGUUCCGUUAGCCGACUAUACACCACUAAUUAUUAAUAUUUGUAACAUUAACAUAGUUUUGUGCUAUGGAUAAGUCUGCUAGGUUUUUUAAAAAUUUAACGAAACUGAAUAGUUUAGGAUCCAUUUCACCAGCCCUGUUGACCUAGUAUUCACAUAUGGUUAAAUAUUGAUCUAUGUUAAUUGUUUGCAAUUAGCGCAUUAUUUAUUAACAUUACUUUACUUUAACUGGGAAAUUGUCGAAUUUAUUAUUUUCACUCUAUAUUAACAGCCUGUUUUAUUAAAGCAUUUACAAGCA